GCUGUCCUGCAAAUUAAUAAUGUAUAGUUAUAAAACUAAAUUACCGUUACUCGCAACAAUUAACGAAGUAUUUAAAGCGAACACCUUGCAAGCGAUGCGCAAAAGUUCGCAAAAUGGCCUACGAAGCGAAGCCGCCAGGUGUCAAGCAAUUAUUUCGCACGCAUUGGACCGUGUGGAAGUGGCUGGGUCAGGUGAUCCAUCCGCAGUAUCCAAAACUGCACAUCGCCUAUACGGUACUGCUGAAUGUCGGCUUCAGCAUCGGCUAUCCACUGCACUUGCUGCUUGGUCUGUUGAAUCUGAAGUCGCUGCAAGAGGUGCUGCUCAAUCUCACCAUCAGCGUGCCCGUCGCUAUCUGCACGCUGAAGUAUUUUAAUAUUUGGCGGAAUUUGGACAAGGUGCGCCAUUUGGAGCAAACGUACAAUACACUUUACGCGCGCAUAGAUCACCCCGAAGAGUGGCUGUACUACCGCAAAAUAAUCAUACCGUACGCUCUAAAAGUUUUGCACUUGUUCUAUUUCAUUUGUGUGGGCACGGCCAUCACGUCGGAGCUGACGCUGCUGAUUGUGGGACUCGCCUAUGAGUGGCGCCUCAUGUACCCGGCCUAUUUCCCCUUCGAUCCGUAUGCCAGUAUCGGCGGCUAUGUCGCGGCGCAUUUGUUCCAGAUUAUCGGUCUUCUGGUGCAACUGGCGGAGAAUCUGGUGAGCGACACUUACGGUGGCAUGUGUCUGUCGUUGCUGGCGGGGCACGCGCAUUUGCUGGGCCAGCGUGUGGCCCGCAUUGGCUAUGAUGAGCAGAAGACGCAGGAGGAGAACAACCGCGAAUUGGUGGAUUGCAUUGUGGACCACAACAUGCUGUUCGAUUGUCAUCGCACACUGACCGAUAUAAUCGGCUUGGGCUUGUUUAUGCAAAUCAUCUCAGCGAGUCUCAUUAUGGGCGUUGUGAUAAUCUACCUGAUAUUCUUUGUUGGCAAUUCCUUUGAGUACGUCUAUUAUGGACUCUUUCUGUUCGCCUGUAUAAUGGAGGUAUUCCCCACUUGUUACUACGCCACGUACUUCGAGAUCGAGUUCGAAAAGUUAACCUACAUGAUGUUCUCCUGCAACUGGAUGCACCAGAACCGUCAGUUCAAGCAGAAUCUGAUUGUGUGUGUGGAGCAGUCGCUGAAUACUCGUUAUUUUCAUGUCGGAGGCAUGUUUCGCAUUAAUCUGCAAAUAUUUUUCGCCACUUGUAAGGGCGCUUACUCCGUUCUGGCGGUCGCUUUGAGGCUAAAGUAAUGAAAUUAAAGUUGUGAAAAC